UCUGUACCUUUAGAUAUCUGGAGUAGCAUUCCCUCGGCUGAGGCCAGCUAACCAUGAGAUAAUUGAUGCCUCUGUGCUAUUGUUGUGUCGGCCUCGCCCACCGGCCUCAGAGUGUGGGAAAGCUAAUCCUGGCCGGGACUCAUGCCUUUGUAAUGCUAAUGUCCAGCUAUAAAUGGAGAAGAGGGAUCGUCAUCGCUCAGCUCUCAUCAUCAGCCAGAAGCUGCACUGCACCAGAAUGGCUCCAAGCACCACCAGAGACUCUCCCAUUGCAAUGCUGUCCACCAAAGACAGGCACAAACUGAGGAAGCCGGUCGUGGAGAAGAUGAGGCGAGAUCGCAUCAACAAUUGCAUCGAGCAGCUCAAAGUCCUGCUGGAAAAGGAGUUCCACAAGCAGGAUCCCAACGCCAAGCUGGAGAAGGCCGACGUCCUGGAGAUGACGGUGGUGUUCCUGAAGCAGCAGCUGCAUCCUCGGGGCUCAGACCCUCGGACUGCGCACGGUGAGGGCUACUCCCGCUGCUGGAAGGAGACCCUGCACUUUCUGACUGCCAACACCUUAAAAGAGACGAUGCUGCCGCACCUCCGUUACGUCCACUCUGCUCACAGAGCCGACCACGACACCUCCUCCAUGUCUGUCCAUGGCCCUGUGAAGCAGCUUUCCAGCCCCACCAAAGCAGUAUGGAGGCCGUGGUAGACGUUCCAUGAGCUCCUCCUCACAAAGGAUGCCUGUUGUCCAUUAUGAAUGUUGUAGGAAAUUUGUUUUCCACUCAUGUUUUCCCGUCCAUUGUGAAUGUUGUAUAGAAGACUUACAUUGGAGCCUGAUUCACUGUCAGACCAAAAGCUUUACUCCAUCAUGGAGUUACUGUGCCUUUAUAAUGUAAAUAUCUUUAAUGUAGGGAAGUUUCCUAUUUCUGGAGCUUUUAAAAGUUCUUACCUGCAUCUAUGUGACUCCUGUGGAGUUAAUGUUUAAUCUGUAAUGUAUAAUGCACUGGAGAUGGCUUUCUCAGGUCUUCCAUGUGAAGUGAAUGUGACCUUUUGAAAAGGAAGAUUAACCAAUCAGCUGCCUACUGAUACUUAAAUAAAA